GGGAAUGGUAGUUCUCAUGCGAGGAGCCACGGGAAGUUGAGCGUUGUGGGUUAGUUUUGCCGGGCGGGAAAAAGCUCCUGCCGGACCCAGCCACUGAGGCUUCUGGGCGGCUGCGGCUGUGCCGUCAGCAUGAGUGGUUGGUACUUGUCCGGGCGAAUUUAAUUCGUCUUUCUCGGAGCUUAGGAGUCGACGUGGUGGUGUCUAGGGAGUGGGCGUGAGGGGGCAAGACAGUGUCUCCUGAGACCAGCUUUGGGGCCAGGGUAGGGGCAAGGACCAUGAGCUGGGGCCGGGGUUGCGGACCCGCUGCCUCGGCAUGAUUUUUCCGAUUGUCGGCUUAUGCCUCCGCGCCGCCCGAGUGCUGCCAGGACUGUGGGGCCGCCCCCUGUCCCAGGACGCCAUGGAAGUGGCCUUCCGAGGCAGCCGCCGAGUCCUCUGUGUGGCCGAGAAGAACGACGCAGCCAAAGGCAUCGCCGACCUUCUCUCUGGCAGCAGAAUGCGAAGGAGAGAAGGAUUAUCCAAAUUCAAUAAGAUCUAUGAGUUUGACUAUCAACUCUUUGGCCAGAAUGUAACCAUGGUGAUGACUUCUGUUUCUGGACAUUUGCUUGCUCAUGAUUUCCAGAUGCCAUUUCGAAAAUGGCAGAGCUGCAACCCUCUUGUACUCUUUGAAGCUCAAAUUGAAAAAUACUGCCCAGAGAACUUUGUGGAUAUCAAGAGAACUUUGGAGAAAGAGGUCCAACAAUGCCAGUCUCUGGUUAUCUGGACUGAUUGUGAUCGAGAGGGAGAGAACAUUGGGUUUGAAAUCAUCCAUGUAUGCAAAGCUGUGAAACCAAAUCUUCGAGUGUUUAGAGCCCGUUUCUCUGAAAUCACUGAACAUGCAGUCAAGACAGCCUGUCAGCACUUGACUGAACCUGAUCAGAGAGUGAGUGAUGCUGUGGAUGUCCGACAAGAAUUAGACCUGAGGAUAGGCGCUGCCUUCACGAGGUUCCAGACCUUAAGACUCCAGAAAAUCUUUCCAGAAGUGUUGGCGGAGCAACUCAUUAGUUAUGGGAGCUGUCAGUUCCCCACCUUGGGAUUUGUAGUAGAAAGGUUCAAAGCCAUCCAAGCGUUUGUGCCAGAGACCUUCCACAAGAUUAAAGUGACUCACGAGCAUGAAGAUGGGCUUGUGGACUUCAGCUGGAAAAGACAUCGGCUCUUUAACCACACAGCGUGCCUGGUCCUUUAUCAGAUGUGCAUGGAGGAUCCAGUAGCCACAGUAGUAGAAGUUGGAUCUAAGCCAAAGAGCAGAUGGAGGCCCCAGCCUUUGGAUACUGUGGAACUUGAGAAAUUGGCUUCUCGAAAGUUGAAGAUAAAUGCCAAAGAAACGAUGAAAAUUGCUGAAAAACUCUAUACUCAGGGGUAUAUCAGCUAUCCUCGAACUGAGACAAAUAUUUUCCCCAAAGACUUAAACCUGACAGCUUUGGUGCAACAGCAGAUACAUGACCAACAAUGGGGAGCCUUUGCUCAGAGAAUUCUAGAUAGGGGUGGCCCGACCCCACGUAAUGGGAAAAAAUCUGAUCAAGCUCAUCCUCCCAUUCACCCCACCAAAUACACUUGUAACCUGCAGGGAAAUGAACAACGACUGUAUGAGUUUAUUGUGCGUCAUUUCCUAGCUUGUUGCUCUGAGGAUGCUCAGGGACAGGAAACAACUGUGGAGAUUGAUAUUGCUCAAGAACGCUUCGUUGCUCACGGUCUCAUGAUUCUGGCCAAAAACUAUCUGGAAGUUUAUCUAUAUGACAGAUGGAGUGACAAGAUCAUUCCUGUCUAUGAGAAAGGCUCCCGUUUCCAGCCAACCACAGUGGAAAUGGUGGAUGGUGAGACCAGCCCACCCCAGCUCCUCACCGAAGCAGAUCUCAUUGCCCUCAUGGAGAAGCACGGCAUCGGGACGGAUGCAACUCAUGCAGAACACAUAGAAACCAUCAAAUCACGGAUGUAUGUAGGACUCACCCCCGACAAACGAUUCCUCCCUGGACAUUUGGGCAUGGGGCUGGUGGAAGGUUAUGAUUCCAUGGGCUAUGAGAUGUCUAAGCCUGACCUCCGGGCUGAGUUAGAAGCUGACCUGAAACUUAUUUGUGAGGGGAAAAAGGAUAAGCACGUGGUCCUGAGGCAGCAGAUCCAGAAAUAUAAGCAAGUUUUCAUCGAAGCCGUGGCCCAUGCCAACAAGUUGGAUGAAGCGUUGUCUCAGUAUUUUGGGGAAAUGGCUACCGCAGUCAGGCAAGAGGAAAUCUACCCGGCAAUGCCAGAGACGAUCCGGAAAUGUCCACAGUGCCACAGAGACAUGGUGCUCAAGCGGAGGAAGAACGGCGGGUUCUACCUCAGCUGCCUGGGCUAUCCCGACUGCCGAAAAGCUGUCUGGUUUCCAGAUUUUGUUCUAGAAGCCAGUAAGGACGGGAGUGUGUGUCCAGUCUGCAAACCACAUCCUGUCUACAGGUUGAAGUUGAAGUUUAAGCGAGGAAGCAUCCCUCCCGCCAUGCCCCUGGAGCUUGUUGGCUGUGUCGGGGGUUGUGACGAGAGCCUGGUGCGGAUCCUGGACCUGCGACAUUCCAGCGGCCCCUCCAGAGCGCCGCAGCCUGGGGGCCGGCCCACCCACCAUUUACAGACCAACCAGUCACUGAACAGGAUGGGCCACGCCCAGGGCGGCUACUCCGUGUCUCCCCAGGACAGACAAACGGGUCCCCCUAAUCUCUCAGCCGGGACGCGUGCGCCCCAAGCAGCGGCCAGCGAGAAUCACAACACUGUGGUGUGUAACUGUGGCCAGGAGGCGCUGCUGCUCACCGUCCGCAAGGAAGGGCCCAACCAGGGCAGGCUCUUCUACAAGUGCCACGCGGGCAGCUGCAACUUCUUCCUGUGGGCUGACGUUCAGCAGAGAUCGGAAACGGCCCCUCCCCGAGCGGCUCCCGGGCCCCUGCAGAGGCCCGACGGCUUUGGCGACCAGGGCGGCGGCGGCGGGGCCACGUGCCUGUGCAGCCAGCCCGCCGUCACCCGCACGGUGCAGAAGGAGGGGCCCAACAAGGGGCGGCAGUUCCACACGUGCUCCAAACCCCGGGAGCAGCAGUGCGGCUUUUUCCAGUGGGCCGACGAAAACGUGGCACCAGGAGCGUCUGGAGCAGCCGGCUCUGGGCCCAGAGGCCCGGCCCGAGAGGCAGAGGCCAGGAGCAAACGGCCUAGAAAUCCCUCGAACCCGGAGCCCGGCCCCAAGAAGGUGCGCAAGUGCAGCCUCUGCCACCAGCCUGGACACAACCGCACCUCCUGCCCCCAGGGCCGAUGACCAGCACCUGCUCGGCUUCCGGGAGGAGCAGCCCUGCGGCGCGGGGACCCCCUGCGAGACCCCCGCCUGGGGGCCGCCUCUGGGGACGCGUGCGGGGGCCUGCCUGCGGCCCGGCCGUCUCGAGGCUCCCCCAGAAGCGAGCCUGGGCCUGCGAGCUCCCGCGCGCUGCCCUUCCCAACAGGGCGCUCCUGGACAUGCGGGGAGACGGGGGUCGGCUUGGAGGGCCGCUGGCCGUCCUGCACGUGUGUCUUGUGCUCCGGGCUGGCCGUGGGCCCACGUGUGCCUUAAUAAAGGGAAUUCCAGCCCCCCCCA